GGCAACAGCACCGGAUGGGUUCCGGCAGCGUCACGGCAGCGCCCGGAAUUGUCUCCUGGAAGUGCCUCCCAGUUCCGCCGGGCGGGCAACAUGUCUGACAACGAGGACAACUUUGAUGGGGACGACUUCGACGAUGUGGAGGAGGAUGAGGGCCUGGAGGACCUGGAGAACGCAGAGGAGGAAGGACAGGAGAACGUGGAAAUCCUGCCCUCGGGAGAGCGACAGCAGGCGAACCAGAAGCGGAUUACAACACCCUACAUGACCAAGUACGAGCGAGCCAGAGUCCUGGGCACCCGCGCUCUCCAGAUAGCGAUGUGUGCCCCUGUGAUGGUUGAGCUGGAAGGAGAGACAGACCCCUUGCUGAUUGCCAUGAAAGAACUCAAAGCACGCAAGAUCCCCAUAAUCAUCCGUCGUUACCUGCCAGAUGGGAGCUAUGAAGACUGGGGUGUGGAUGAGUUAAUUAUCACAGACUGAUCAGACUCCAGCCACCAGUUGUUUUUUUUUCUUUUUCAGGAAUGUUUCUAAUUUUGUUUAGUAUUUAUGUAAAUAAAUUUUAAAUCUCCCCAUUUUAA